AUGCCCCAGCCUCAGAGCUUGCGCCUUCACCUAGAGGAUCCAGUGGUCUUUGCUCAGCAUGCAUCUACGAAAUACGAGUUGCACGGGCAAGGCUGGGCUGUCCUCCAGUCCACAUCUAAGUCUCGCUCGCAUCUGCUCUUCGGCACCUCGUCGAAAGCAUGGGGAGUAUGUUAUUCUAGCUCCGAUCGGCCCUUCAACGGACAAGCCGAGGAUAACGGUGAAAUCCCUGCUUCUCAUGAACAGAGUCCUAUUGCCACGGUGUCACUCGUGAACGGCGAUCUUGGACAGAGCAGGCAUGCAGAUGCGUACGGGGAGAUAUCAUGCGAUAGCUCUGACAUCGGAGUCUACGUAAAUGGAGCAUACCUCGAACCUACAGGGUCUCGCAAACUCCAAUCCGAUGAUAUCAUCCGGUUUAACGACGCAGAAUACGUCUAUCGGUGUCUCAUGAGCGUUCCAGAUACACCCCACUGUGUUGAGGCUGAACGAUACAAGGUCAAUGAUGCAAUGGCGGUCGGGGAGUUAGCAAGCCAUCACGUUGCGAAAUGCAUCAAAACCGGCCAUGCUGUUGUCGUCAAGCGCAUUGCGGUGCCGGUUGGAAGGCUCGGCGAAGUUGCAUCCCAUCUUAGGAUGCGCGACGAUCUCAUCCACCGUAAUGUUGCAUACCUGUGUGACUGGUAUAUGCUCCCUGGGGAUCCUCAUGAUACGGAUAGACAAAUCAGUUUUGUAACACCUCUCGCCCCUCGCGGAAAUCUACACGACUUCAUCACAGUAGGCAAUGGAAAGCUCGGUGAAUUCCUCGCUCGUCCCGUCAUGGCCCAACUCAUGGACGGAUUGAUGUAUAUACAUGAUCAAGGCAUAAUCCACUGCGACAUGAAGCCUGAGCAUGUCCUCGUAUACGGUUUGAGCCCAGCUGGUCCCAUCGUCAAGAUCAGUGGUCUCGGACUCGCCACGCGAUCUGGGAAGAAUGACGCCAUAGAGCUCAGCACAUCUCUUCGUCGGGCGAUGAUGAAGAGUGCCGCAUGGGCCGCACCUGAAUCGCUGAACUAUGAGCAUACGGAGCUCAGCGAUGCCUUCAGCUUAGGAGCCACCAUGUUUUUCAUCCACUGGGGUAAACCUCUUUAUGAAAUCGAAGGAGUGACGUUCUUCGAGGAAAUCAUGCAAAGGAGGCGCACAAAUUUUAACAAACUACGGAGGCAGUUGAUGAGCUCCAACGCAUGCGACCUCAUCGAAAGCCUUACGAAGGUGUCCAUGAGCGAACGAAUCGGCUUACGCGAAGCGCGACAACACGCCUGGUUCAACGGAUGUCAAGUCCCCCCUCCAUUCUCUGCUCAAUACCAGUACGACGACCCUCUGGUUCAAGGAUUUAUCGCUAGAGGCGGGAGACCUGCCGUUAGCAACCAUGAUCCCGUCAACAAGAACGGUCUUCUGGACUUCAGCGACUGCUUCUCCGCCGACAGCGAUUCUCUGUUCGAUGCUGGCCUUAUCUCCGAGAGCGAAUUCGAGGCGCGCCGGGGGCUUGAAUGGGAUGUUCUAGAUUCUCUCGUAAAUCCCUCUUUCUUGGAGUCUGAGAGCGACUUCGGCGCGCUUGCUAGCGAGAUUUCCCCAGAACCAAGCUCCUCGCUCGCCGCGAUCCGUGUCGUUCCGAUCCCUGGAGCACAGGCUUAUGAACCUGUCGCACCCGGGUCGCCGUCGUUUGUCGAACCGGAACGUUACUACGACGACGAAGAAACAAGACGUUAA